AAGUUAGAACGAACCAGAUUGUAGGACAGGAAAGGUGAAGAUCCGGGUAGAAGAAGUUCCAGAUCUCCAUAUUGCAUUGUGAGUAUGCACUUCGAAGAAACUGCAGAGACGCAGAUUACUUCGCAGCAGGUCUAGGACCUGUCCAUAACUUGUCCAUGCCUGUCUGGCCCGGGCAGAGCCAUGUAAUAUCUCAGAAUUAGGUAUUAUGCGAUAUGGUUGAAUUAGUAAGGAGUUAUAAGAGCACGAGGCGUACUGUUCGAAAUUCGGGAAGCUAAUGGCGUCGUAGCUUCGAGACGCUUCGAGACUCCCAGCAUGCAUUGCUGGUGGGGCUCGCCGCAUGGUGGCGUUCCAGUCGAACUCGUUUAACUUUUACCUAACCAACGAAUUCAGAACCUAACCGCCUCUUUCGCGCGUUCCACCGUGUUGUAAAAAGCUGAACGAACGCAAUAAAAACGAUCGCAACUGCUUCAGAUGGAAUAAUCUCGAAGCUUAGAACGCAGAUCGUCGACAUUGAAAAAACCAAUCAAUCGCAAAAAUGAUGGGGUUAUCUGACGAAUCCGGAGAAAUUCACUCAUAUUCACCAAUCCCUACACGGUGCCGGAGGAUGGAGAGGUAAUUACAACCAUCGAGCCAGAUUAUUGUGAGUAUUAUUAUUACCAUUUUUUCUCUCAUAAACCGCAAGUUUUUAAUACCUCGCCCAACGAAGAGAGUUCGCUGUCCGCUACGGGUGAGAGAAAAAUAAUAUUUUUGAAACAAAAUCUUGUAUCCCACAAGUUUUUUGCAAAUGCAAAAAUAUAAUAAAGUAAAUUCAUUGCAUACGAGCGUUAGUGCAGUAAAGGAAGGCAAAAUAUGCGUUCUCCGAGGGUGUCGUUUUCAAAGAAUAAUAAUAGCAGUAAAAGAAAAAUAAUCAAAAAAUCGGAGGACAUCAAAAGCACCGCAAUAUUUUCAUCGCAUUAACGGGGUAAAGUAUUAGCCAAUAAUGUUGGCGCCUAUAGUGGCGUGUCCAACGUCGACUUACCCAGCUGUUGCUGUAAAAGCAACACCUUGUUCACCUCAGCUCAUAUCCCUACACAACUCGUUUAAGGUAGAAGAUGGGGAAGAGAAUUAUGAAUGCGAAGGAGAACCUCAAAUAAAAAUAAACAAACUGAAGACCAAAAAAAUAAAGAAGACUGGUUUACUUUGGAUAAUUUGCAUACCAUAUCUUGCAGCCAACGAGGAACGUAUGCAUAUAACUAGGUACAAUUUAACCGGCUAAUUAAACAGGUGCCGGCGUGCGACUUUCCAACCACACAGGGCUCAUCUUCUUCAUCAUCAUCAUCGUAUCUCUACCAAUUGAAUUACCCUCAGUACACGGCAGGAAGUGCGUGUGCACAAGCAAGUCAUGCCUGGAGGCAGGCACGGACACCCGCAGGACGCGUUUCUCCUGUUACACAGAACUCAUCCUGAUCGACGAGGGACAAGGAAACACUACAACCCGGGGCUGCGCCGAUAUGGAUUCAGCAUGGAUCGAACUCUCAGUGAUGCCAUGAAUCCAUAUCUGGACAGCCAUCAGGAAAAAUGUCCUUUGCAGAUGGAGCAAUCUAAUCAAGACAGUGCGGCUAUUUACUUGACAAUGGAUCUGAAGAAUUUGAUAUUGAAAGUUAGUUGCACAAAAGAUCUCCGCUCCAUGCAUAUUUACAAGGACGAAGUCACAAUCCCGAGGUUCAGACCGAAAAGAGAUUUUUCAAAGUCACAUUUGAGAGACACAGAAUUGUUUCCGAGGAAAAAACGUAGUACAUCUAUCUCAAGAGCAGAAGAACAAACAAAGCUGCUGGAUUCGGCAACACCGAAUAUCGGAUGUGUCGACGUGAAGAUACCAAUGAAGGCCGAAAUAGUGAAUGAACAACCAUACUACAAUGCGAAUUUUGUGUUGAUUGUAGGCCCAAGCGAGGAAGGGCUCUAUAACUUGUACUUCCACAGUUGUCCAAAUUACAAUCACAAAAGACCUGUGGCCUUAGAAUUUACGCUGCAAAUUGAAGAGGACAACCAUGGCAAUUUUUUGAGUGCUGGUGAAAUGCCGCUUCCCGCUCUCUACUUCAUGAUGGCACUUCUCUUCUUCUUGUCUGGUUGUUUCUGGGUUUUUAUUCUGAAAAAAAGCAAACAUCCCGUCUUCAAGAUUCACUACCUGAUGACGGUGCUUGUGUACCUGAAGUCUCUCUCUUUGCUUUUUCAUGGAAUAAACUUUCACUUUAUUCAAACCAAAGGAGAACACGUAGCAGCUUGGGCUAUACUCUACUACAUCACUCAUCUGCUUAAAGGUGCAGUUCUCUUCAUUACCAUUGUCUUGAUUGGCACCGGAUGGGACUUCAUCAAACAUAUCUUGUCUGAUAAGGAUAAAAAAUUGUUUAUGAUCGUCAUUCCCUUGCAGGUCCUGGCAAACGUUGCAAAAAUCAUAAUCGAGGAAAGCGAAGAAGGUGACAUUGAACAUAAGACUUGGAGAGACGUAUUUACCCUUGUCGAUCUCCUCUGCUGUGGGGCUAUUCUAUUCCCUGUUGUGUGGAGCAUAAGGCAUCUUCAGGAAGCAGCACAUACCGAUGGCAAAGCAGCUGUCAACCUGAGGAAGCUUAAAUUAUUCCGGCAUUUUUAUAUCAUGAUCGUCUGCUACAUAUAUUUUACAAGAAUUAUUGUCUACCUUCUGAAGAUCACCGUUCCUUUUCAAUAUGAGUGGUUGGAUGAGAUGUUCAAAGAAAUGGCCACGUACGUAUUUUUUAUUCUGACUGGGUACAAGUUUCGUCCGGCUUCAGCCAAUCCAUACUUCACCAUAGCCAAUGGAGACAUGGUUACAGAUGAUAAUGACGAGGAAAUCGAUGUGGUUCUUUUUUCUAGUAUUUCUGGCAGCGGUGGAGUUACUCAGGGUCUCAAUAAGCUAAACAAGGUGAACAACUUACCAAGAUCAAUACCCGGUGAUGUGGGUGGAACGCCGGAAGAAAAGGAUAAUCUUCUAAGCAGGAGAGAGUCAUCGCACGAAUAUGACUGAAUAAAUUAGUAAUGGAAUUGCCGAAGAAUUUAAGCUUGUUAAAUUUUGCAAGGCGUUUGUUCGGUAGAAAGCAUUUAACGUUGAUAUGCACAUAAAUUAAUGGGGAAAAUCUUAUUCAGAAUAAUUAGGUGUUUCGUUGUUAAAGUAUCAGUUACAUUGUAUGUCGAUUGUUUUGAAACCCAAAACUUUUCUUUAUUCUUCUGCUUGUAUUUUCAAUUAACAAAAUCUUAUUCAAAUAUAAUUGCUGUUUAGUCUCGAAGUCCGCAUUACAUGUUAUCGAUCAAUUAAAUCGCCGAGACGAGACGUUCAAGUUGUAACUGAUAUUUAGUAGAAUUAACCUUAUGAUCAGGAUUAGAUAUUACAAAAAAUGAAUGCGCCACAACUUUAUUUCGCCAACCAAGUCAAUAUCUGUGCUUAGUCAAGUUUUUUGAUUUCCAUCUGUUCUUUUCUUAUUUCGGGGCUUAUCAUCACACUUGAAUAAAAUUAGCAAAUGUUUCAAAGCGAAGCUUUUUCAGUCGACAAUGUUUGCCACUACAAUUCGCUAGUGACAAUACUUAAUUAGUCAGAACAGCGCAUGCAUUACAUUUAUAUGCAAAUUCGAAUUCUUAUUUAGUAGUUUGGCAUGAACAUUUUGUCAUACACCGUAAUUGAUUUGGUUGAUCCUUAGCCAGAAACAAUGCAUUUUUGAGUUGCGGGUACUUGAAUACUUGAAGUAACGAUGACUGAAAAAAUCUGGGACUCAGAGCCCAGUAUGAUUUAAUCAUUUCAAAGAAAGUCCACGGAAGCCCACAGGUUUAAGUAGGUAAUAUUUAUCCGAUUUGUUUGAUAAGUUCAGAAUCGCUUAGGUGGCCAAAUCGCGACGGAUUCAAGACUGUAGGCUAGUUUGACCUUGUAAUAUGUUGUGGGCAUUUAAGCAUAUAUUUUCAUUUUUUCUGCGAUGUUCUGUUAAAACAUAACAUUCCCAUUGAGAGGAAAUAUCUAUGCCCACUAGGGUGGUCUUUAUUUUGGGUAUGUUUAAAUUUUUUUUGACAAUAGUCCUAAAUCGUUUCAAAAUAUAUAAAAAAAAAUAUUUGCCAAAUUGCAACCUUUAAUUUUAAUAUCAACCCGUGCCCCACGGCAGUCGAAGUUUUAAAUUUAAAUAACACGUGAAAAUGUCAUCUCGUUCUUUGCAAUUUCGUAAGUUGUUAACAUAUACAUAUACAUAAGAUUCUGGACUGGAUGGUUUCUUAUAGGAAAUUUAACGCUCUACAAGAAAGGUCUGUUAUGAUUUAUCGCCAACUUCAUCGAUUCAACAGAUAUUCAAGGUCAAAGUUGAAUGUAUGGGCUUUAUCAAUUUGGCACACAUAUUGUUAAAAAUGUAAUUAGAAACAUAUCUUUUUGUUUAUCGUAUUUUCAAUAUAAUCUAUUCAUUACAUAUUUGAUUUUUUAAUGCAUCAGAAAACUGUUCUCUGUGAUUCUAAACCAAGUUGAAAAUGAAGUUGCUUUUCAUCCUUAAUGUAUCACCCACAAAAAUCUUGCACUAAUUUAACUGCUUUCUCAGAAUAGUCAUUCACAAUUAAUAAAGCACAAACAUUUGACGUUGACCUCGAAUAUCUAUUGAACCGAUAAAGCUAGCGAAAAAUCAUAACAGACCUUUGCUGUAGAGCGUUAAAUUUCCUACAAGAAACCAUACAGUUUAGAAUUUUAAGUAUACGUCAACGACCUACAAAAUUGCAUACAGCGAGAUAACAUUUUCACGUGUUAUUUACGUUUAAAACUUUGACUACCGUGGGGCACGGGUUAAUAUUAAAAUUAAGGGCUGAAUUUUGGCAGGCAUUUUUUUUUUUUUAUAUAUAUAUUGAACCGAUUUAGGACUAUCGUAAAAAAAAAUUCAAACAUACCCAAAAUAAGGACCACCCUAAUGCCCACAUAGAUUUGUUAAAUACAUACAUAUACAUAAAGGUAAUGAUAUUUAUUAAUUGACAGUGAGAUAGAUGGCAUGUGCACUUGUUUUCUGGUUAAAAUUUACCUCAUACACAUACAGCGUAAAUACAGAUUGCAUACCUAAUACUUGAUAAAUCAUGUCAACGUGCCAAAUUUUUUAAUAUUUUUGGGGCUGGAGCAAUUUUGAAACAUAUUUUACCUAACCUUCAGAAUUUGCAUGCCAAAUUCAUUUUGGUGGUUAAUGAUUGGACUUGGACAAUUGAACGAAUGUGUGUGUCGCAAUGAUUAUAUUUUGCUACACUCUAUUGGCAUGGUUUCGAUCAUGAUCAUGAUGAAACGAAUAAUGAUAAAUUCAAAUUCUUUGUACUAGCAUAGAUAUAAUAGUCAUAAACGUAUUUCAAAGAGCAAAUAAACACCAAUGACAGAAUGUUGGUUGAUCGGAAAAAUCAAGGUUAUAGGGAUGUAAAGGGAAAUUAGGAAUUCAGAAUACGUAAGAAUGGUAAUAGUUGUUUUCUAAUCGGUGAGUACUCUACUAACAACUAUCAAAUUUGAAAAAAAUUAUAACUUAUUUUACAUCCAUCGAUGUUAAGUUUAAAUUUCCAACUGUACUUGGUCACAAUGUAUAAUCGAACACAUUUAAUUCUUCUGGCAAGAUAGACUUGUUUCCCAAUUAAUUUCUGAUGUUUACUUUGUGCUCGUCAAUGAGUAUCUGACCUCUCCACUAAUCACCUAAAUAGACAUGGAGAUUUACGUAAAAUAAUUAUGAAUCACAGCUGUAUCAAUGAAAAAAGUCGUUUAUAAACAAAUUUUAUUGUGCCAUGUUGAUGAAAUAAAAAUAUGGUCUGAAAUAA